UGGGUGGACGUAGUUUUUGUAAUUAUUUAAUUCUGUACAGUUUUAUUAUGAAUAUUAUGUUAUCUAUUUGUGCGGUAGUGUUAUAAUUUAUAUUGAAAUGUUUAUUAAGUUAGGGGCGUCUUUAUUGGAAGUUUGUAAAACUUAUUUUUCGACAAACAAGUGGUUUACAAGAUUUUAGGAGUUUGUGGCGGUGCCUUUUUGUAUAGAAUUUAUAAGGGUAAAUAACAGGUAAACAAUCAAAAUGGUGUCUCCUAAAGUGAAGAGUGGCCUCUUCAUGGGCUUCGGCGCCACCAUGGUGGUUAUCGGAGCCGUCAUGGUUGUGUACUGGCCCCCAAUAUUUAUGUCACAGCUGCAAAGGAUGAUGAUCCUCUCAGAAGACUCGAUGUCGUUCAGCAUCUGGCGCGAGACGCCGAUCCCGAUGUUCCUGGAGUGUUUCCUCUUUAACAUAACUAACGUGGACGACAUACUGGCCGGGAAGAACGUGACUUUACAAGUCGCAGAGAUGGGCCCGUAUGUGUUUCGAGAGACGCAUUUAAAGACGAACUUGAGCUGGAACGAUAACAGUACGAUAACGUUCUUCAACGAGCGCUGGUGGCACUUCGUACCUGAGAUGUCCAACGGGAGCCUGUCAGACAACAUCACCACCAUCAACCCUGUCAUAGCGACGGUAGCAUACACGCUACGCCACCGCAACGCUCUCCUCAACAUGUUUGUAGACGGCUUCCUUCGCCUCUAUCACCGCAACCUGUUCCUAACAGCCAACGCAUCGGCGUGGCUAUUCGACGGCAUCGACGACCCCGUCAUCGACAUCGCCGAGCAAUUCCCGAACUUGCCCAUCAACAUACCGUUUGAUAAGUUCGGAUGGUUCUAUACGAGGAACGGCUCAAUCGACUACGACGGGGCAUUUAACAUGCACACAGGAGCGUCGGACUUCUCUCAACUCGGCAAUAUAAUGGAAUGGAGAUACAGCAACCGUACGGCAUUUAGAGGCGAAUGUGGGAAAGUCCAGGGCUCCACUGGUGAGCUGUGGGCACCUGAGCUGGGCCAGCCUGAGGUCUAUAUCUUCGCCUCGGAUAUUUGCACAUACAUGAUCCUGAGUAAAGACAAGGAGGUGAGAGUGCAGGGAAUAGACGGCGUGCAGUACGCAGCCAACGACUCGGUCUUCGAUAACGGCUACCGGUAUCCUCACAUGGCGUGCUACUGCGACGAGGUCCGAGACGGCAACUGCCUUCCGCCGGGAGCGCUAAAUGUGUCGGAGUGUCGCUACGGCGCGCCAGCCUUCGUGUCGCUGCCGCACUUCCUCAACGCAGACCCUUACUACCCUAGCAAGAUAGAGGGCCUUAACCCUACGAGCGAGCACAACUUCAGGCUGUCACUGGAGAUGUUCACGGGCAUGCCGCUGGCCGUGGCCGCGCAGCUUCAGGUCAACAUGCUAGUGCGACACGUGGGCGGCAUCGCGCUAAACAACGUGCUGCCGGACCCAGAUACGUUGGUGCCGAUGUUCUGGUUCCGGCAGGAGCUGCAGACCACGCCCGAAUACGCCGCGCAGGCGCGCCUUGCGCUACGAUUGCGGUACUGGGUGCCGUACGGGCUCAUCGCGCUCACUGUAAUCGGCGUAAUUCUCCUAGUACCAGGUAUAAUAAUUCUAUUCAAACGGAUAUUAAAGUCGUCGGAGACGAGGCCUAUUCUCUCGGAGUCUUCGUCAGAAGAAAGUACCAACGCAGCUCAGUGACGAACAAAGUCUAGUUCGAAAACCUUCCAAAUUGACUGUACAAUUAUACUAGUGAAAAAUACCAAAAGAUAGUACCAGUGAAAAGUGCGUAAGAAAUGUUCACAAAGGUAAGGUACGGAUACACUUUCAUAAAAUGUCAUGCUUAUUAGCAUUCUUAAUACAAUCGCGUCCCAAGAUUCUGAAAUGUCAAGUGGCAAAAAUAAAAAUAAUACCCCAGUAUUAAUAGUAGCACCCUCCUGUAAAUGUCAUAAUUCUAAGGUACGUGGCAAUAAUCGGAACUAAUAAUCCAGUGUUGAUAGUAGCGCCCUCUUGACAAUUCACCGUUGAACAUCUAUGAAGUACUUAAUUGCUCAAUAUAGUCGUAAUUAUAUUGCUGUCACGACUCUGCGACGGGUGACUGUGUGAGCGCGACAGCAACGUAAUUACGCGCGAGCGAUAAGGAUGGGUAGCUAGGGGUCAUUGGACAAAAUUCUACGUGCUCACAGACCGGGCUUUAGAUAGUGGCAUGCUUUCGUGCUAGUAAUGAGCAUGGUGUAUCUGUACCUUAACAUUUGCUGUGUUUUUCUUUACACACGUUUUACAAAAUUGUACUGUAACUAAGCAUAAUAAGGUGACUUUUCCAAACAUGACUGCACCAAAACAUUACACUCCGGAGCUAGUAUUACUAUUUAAUAAUGUGAAUGUCCCAAAGACGUAGUCACAGUUUCUUAGUUGAUUUUGAACACUUAUGUAUAAAGCAGGAUCAUUCGUGACAACGAAUCUGUUGUAUUUAAUGUUAGUAAAAUGUGUGUUUCUGUAUCAGUGCCUUAAUUUCAAAAUUGUCUUCUAACGAGAGGGUAUUUAAAUAAAUUUAGAUCUAAAAUGACUGACAUCACAUAGCGUAACCAAUAAUGUGAUUCAAAUCCCGAAGGCAAGUAUCAUUUCAUUUGCUCUUCCAUUUGUUUUAUGAACUUUUUUAUAAGUACACGAUUAUGUUCAAAUUUUCUCAAAGAUUUUAAGACUUAUAUUGAUGAUUUAAAGUUCGAAAUUCGUUGAGGAAAUUCGUUAUUUUGUAGCUAAUUUAUGCUGGUGACUAGUAUAUUGAAACCCUGACAUAACAUUUUGUACAGGGUAUUCUUGUGUGACAAGUAUUUACGAAAAUAGAGUCUUAAGGAAGUCUUAAAACAAAAUUUUAAUCUUUUCCCUGGAAAAUAAUACAAAAAUGAUAUUUUCGACUGAUUGUUAUAGUUUUCUUAUGAAAUGGAAUAUGUCCAAAGAAUGUCAAUCAAUAGUUACCUACGUUUUAAGUGUUCCAGACUUUGCCAUAUAAAUUGUUUAGGAUUCUUAUGAUUAUUGAGCAUUUUGACAAAUGUAAACAAAUCAAUAUGCAAAAAAUACUAUAAAAAUGUAAAAAAAAAAACAACCAAAUCGUUAUUUUUAUAUGCUAUUUUUAUUAGUUUUGUUUACCUUUGACAAAAAUCUGGUCAAAUUAUAAUUUUGUUAACUAGCUUUAUUCUUAUUCUAUAAUUUGUACAUAGUAGAGUGUAGAUAAGUAUUGUUAAUAGUUUAAACAUUUUGUAUUAUUAUGAUUGUACAUUUGUAUUUUGUACUUAAAUAUAGUUUAUGAUGUUUUGAUAA